CUACUAACUUCCUGUGACAGUGUUUACUUAUUUUUCUGAAGAUAUAUUUACUUGCUUUUUGAGACUCAGAGAAAGAAAGAAGAGCUAAAGAUGCAGCUGGAUGUCUGUAUAAAUUUGUUACUGACAAUUACAGGGCUUGUGCAGGUGGUUACUGCAGGUACCCCACAUGGGGUAACGAUCUCAGGUCCUACUGAGGUGGUAGCUGGAGUGAGUACCAUCUAUGAGUGUUCUGCAUUCUGCAGUCGUACCUGUUAUUAUACCUGGAGUGUGAAAGAACAGUCAUUUGCUGGAAGCAGACUUACCCUGACUGAAAAUGGUGUAGACAAUUUCAUUUCACUAACAUGCACAGUGACAGACGAAGACCAUAAGCACUUUGUCAGUGAGAUCAUAUUGGUCACAGUGAUAAAUCCCAUUUCUGUGAAGCCAUCGACUAAUCAGUCAGUACUUAACCAGCAGCCUAAAGUGGGGCGGUCAUUUCAUUUAACAUGUAAUGGAGCCUCCCUACCAGUCACUAUAACCUGGCUUAAAGAUGGUGCACCUCUUACAUUAGACUCCAAGAUGAGCCUAUCCCCUGAUAAUGUGACUCUGUCUUUUAGCCUUCUGAAAGAGUCAGAUAGUGGCCAAUACCAGUGCAAGGUCCUUAAUGGAAGUGCCAGUGUUAUAAGCAAGGCCUACUGGAUUAAUCUUGGAUAUGUGAUCAUAAACCUGACUGGGCCAAACUAUGCGGAAGUAGGCAUACAAAGCGAGUACACCUGUGAGGCACGGUGCGGCAUGGAUUGCACAGUGCAGUGGGCUUUGCAUGCAGGCUUUCCAAGAGGAAGAUUCAUUGCUGAAGGACCAAGGAUUCUCUGGACCCCUUCUGACAUCGGACAAACGCAGGUCUUCACUUGCAUCACUCUGAACCCGGGUGCAGGCAAUAUUGGGCAGGUGUCCAAAACUGUAACUGUUGUAGAAGCACAGCCACGUCCCAAGCCCAGUAACGCUGUAUUCGCCAAACCGAGUGUAGCUGUGGUGAGCAGUGCAACUCUGCUGAUGCUGGUUUCUGCUUGUGUCUGAGGGUCGUCACAGAAAAAGAAGAAGCUCUGCACACAGUUUCAAUUCUCAAAUUCCUAUUACUAGACUUCUUAUAUUGUUUUUAUAUAUUGUAUAUUAUACUGGUUUCCUCUGGGUAAAGUUAAUUGAUUUUAGUUAACCAAAGUCUUCACAUCACAUCUGAUUUAGCUAACUUUGUACUGACCUAUAUUGUAUAUUUAAACAUAAAAUACUUAUUUUGUGGUUAAGCCUAAAUGUCUUUUUAGGUAUGUUCAUAUUACUAAAUGACUAAGUAGCCUAUACAUUCAUAGAAACCUACCUUCAGUUAAAUUCAGCUGAAUAGUGCUUUAACAGUAGAUACUGUUAUGUUUGAGUUACAACCCUGAUGAGCAACCAAGACAUCACAAUUUUAAGUCCUUGAGUCAACCUUGAGUUGUAAACUGUAUACUAUAAAGGCAAAUGGUAUUAUGUCAGUUGAAAAGAUUUUAUAAGGAGUAUAUUGUGAAUAAAUUCCUAGGAAGAGAAUAGGACCACCUUUAGUUGACGUUAUACAGGUAACAUUAUCAUUAUCAUGACAUUUAUGUAUAAAUCUGCUUGCACCCUAACCAUAAUUUAGACCAUUUACUUCAUCAUAUAUCUUUGAAAUCAGUCAAUGCUGAUUGAAAAAAAAACCCUAUCUAUAGGCAGAAAAAGAUAAUAACAAAAAUAACAGAAAUUGACACAUCUGAUGGAACAAACUCAAACUCAAUCCACACAGCUAAA